AUGAAACUUUCAACAACUUCAAAUAAAAUUGAUAACGAGUCUUUAUCAAUUUCUUCCUCCGCCUCUCCUUCUACUACCUUUUCUUCUACUUCAACUACUUUUUCAUCAAAUUCAUCAUCAUCGACAUCUUUAUUAAAACCACCUAAAAGAAUAAGUAAUAACACUGGUACAAUAACCCGAGGCCCAAAUAUUAAUAAAUUAUCAAGUGUAUUUGAAGAUUCUAGUACACAGCAGGAACUAAAUAUUGAGAAACCUCGCAUUGCAUUGUCACUUCCUUCAUCACCAAGGUUACCUGUUCCCAUAGCCACAAAAUCACUCAACAAGAAAAUAGUUUCUCAAGAAAGAAUAAAAAUCGGUAAUAAUAAUAAACCAUCAAACAUCGAUGAGACCUCUAUAAAGUUUGAUAAAUUUAAAAAAACCACUACAAAUAAUUAUAACAGUAAUGGUAAUAUUUCAAUUAAAAAAAUUAAAAAUUCUAAUAAUGACGAUGAUGAUUUCAAUUCAAAGAUAGUAGAUUCAGAGUCAACGACAAUAAAUCAAAACAAGCGAAACACAAAGACAGUUGUACAGCCUCCAAUACCGAAACCAAUUCUAAGAAAAAGUUCAGAGGAUAGUUCUUCCAGCACGCAAACCUUUUCUUCUUCUUCAGAUUAUUCAACAACUCAUAAAUCAACAGCGUCAGUUGAUUUUGAAGAGAAAAAAGCUAGCAUCGCUAUUUUUUUCAAUGAUUCACAAGUAUCUAGAAAUUCUGAACCAGAGGUACUUGAGCAUUCAAAACCUCUUCCACUUGCGCCUUUAAAAUCAAUACCUGAUAUUAUUACUAUCACUAAAACAAGUCCUACUUUUUCAGAUCAAAAUCGAAAUUCACAGAAUGAAUUAUCACUUCCAAGGAUCUCUAGCGAUAAUUCUUCCGUGACGCUAGUUGAAGAAGAUGAACUUACAAUAGAUAUAAAACGACGGAAAAAAUUAUGGAAUGUUAUAAAAGAGCUUGUGGAGACUGAAAAAGCAUUUUUCGCUGAUAUGGAACUUUUAGAAGAAGUUUAUUUUAUUCAAGCGCAAGAAAUUCCAAUAUUUAAUCCUUAUGAUUGUAAAAUCAUAUUCAAUAAUCUUCCAGAAGUCAUUGAUUUUUCUGCCGACUUUUUAGACUUAUUACUCAUGCAAAAACGAGAAGGAGGAGAAAGUCGUAUGGAGGCAGUUUAUGGGGAAUAUUGUAAAAGGCAUGAAGCGUCGGUGCAAAAAUUACAAGAAUUUGACGAUGAUGAAAAUGUUCAAGGUUUCUUACAGAAAUGUAAAAAACAAUGUGAAGGAAGAACCAGAAGUUGGGAUAUCGCGAGUCUUCUAAUUAAACCAGUACAGCGUGUAUUAAAAUAUCCUUUAUUAUUGCAACAAAUAUUAUCACUCACUAAAACUUCACAUCCAGAUUUUCAUCAAUUAAAAUUAGCUUUCGACGAAAUUCAAAAAAUAGCAGAAAGAAUUAAUGAAAUAAAAAGACGUAAAGACAUAGUUGAGAAGAUCGUAGGAAGUAAGAAAAGGGGUGAUGGUGAUAUUAAACUUGCUACGGGUAUUGCCAAGCCUACUUCAGAUGACCUUUAUGAUGCAUUUGUAGAAAAGUUUAAAAAUUUGGAACAACAAGGACUUCAGUUAUCGAAAGAUGUAAAAGACUGGGUUAAAGCUGUUAAACAACAACUUGAAGACCAGCAGAGGUUUGCACUUGUUAUCGAGGAGUUUUAUACAUUUGGAAUAACUUCUAAUAAAUAUAAAGAAGAAAAUAAAAGAAUAGUUGAAUAUGUAAAGACGAUGAAUGGUCUUGCACCAUCUUGUGUAAAAGAAAUGGAAGAGGCACUUAAAAAAAAUAUAUAUCCUGAAAUAGAAAAAUUUCUAAGACUAUUCAGAGCUCCUGCCGCUGUAAUGAAAAAACGUGAACGAAAAAUUUUAGAUUAUGGUCGUGCCAAAUCAAUCAGAGACAGAAACGAUAUUCCUGACAAAUCAUUGCAACAAUCAGCUGAUGCGUUUGUAUCCAUCUCUGAUCAACUGAACGAAGAACUUCCUAAAUUUUUCGAGCUUAUGACACAAUAUUAUGAUAUAAUAGUUCGAAAUUUGAUAGAAAUUCAAUCGAGACUUUAUGAACAAAUGGGAAUGGAUUUCCAACAAUAUUUUUAUAAAUUUGUUGAUAGUAAUGCAUUAGAUUAUGUUUCGAAUGAUAGAAAAUUGGUUUUUAGAGAUAUUGAUAUUAUUUCCGAGUAUAUAGAACACUAUCACGGAAGAUUGGAAAUGGAUGAUGAAUUGAAAUCAUUUGUGAUAUUGAAUUACUCAGAUGAUAAUAAAUCAAUAUCAAAACCAGGAAUUAAUAAUGAAAUGGUUGAAAAAGAACAUAUUGCACCACGAAGAUUCAGUUACUCAGAUUCAAUAUCUGCACAAGCUGGUGAUUAUUUAGGGGUCAAGAAUAUUCGUUCAGAUAAACAUAGUUCACUUGAGAGUAAAUCUGACGCUCUAUUUGAUGAUGAAGAUCAUUCAAGGGCUGAUUUUAAGACAAUUAAAGCAAAUCAAAAAGAAAGGCAUAAAAAAUAUCCAACUGAUAGCGCAGUUACAACAAUAAGGAACAAACAAAAUAAUUCAGACGAAGAAGACAAUGAUGAUACAGUUCGAAAGAAUAAAUCAAAACAAAAAGGAGAAUUAAAUUUUGAAGCUGGCAUUCUACUCAAAAUUAUACAUAUCCAUGAUAGUGGAGAAUGGUGGUAUGCUGUUAAAGAAGAUACUGAAGAAAGGGGCUGGGUUGAUCCGGGUUUUGUUGAAAGAUUAUAA